AUAUCAAAAUGGUGGCGGACGUAUUCGUGAUAGGUAUUUUGUUUGUUUUUUAUUUAUGUUUUGAUUUUGGUUCGCGAAAAUUCAAAUUCUUCAUUCACAGUCCGAAACAAUGUAACUUCGUCACUCGUUGGAUUGCCGAAUCCUAAAAUGACCGCUCCACUAGUGGCCGAGGCACAGGAUAUGUGCUCAUCGGAUCCUAACUUUGCGGUUAUAUUUGCUUUCUGUGAACGGUUUGGAGACAGUUGUGGUGUUACUAUUCCUACGUUCCAAGAGCUACAAGAAAUGCUAGAGAAAACUACUGAAGUUCCAGAUGCAUUAGUUGAUUUACAUAUAAAGUUAUUGCGCCGAGUCAAAAAAAGUGUACAUGCAGAUAAAUGGGAAAGAGCAGUUUUAAAAUUCUGUCAAGAAUAUUCUGUUCCAGAAUUUUGGGAAUUAGAACACUAUGGAUACAAAGGCAUUUCUGUAAAACUAAAAUUAAGAAUUUUAAAAACUCUUUUUGAAGCACAAUUUGACAGUAAUGUUAAAUUUAAGUCUGAAGUUAAUAAAUUAGAGAGCUCCACACUUCAUUCUCAACCACUAGGUUGGGAUAGAUCAGGCGUAGCUUAUUGGGUUCAAUUUGACAGAGCAUGUAAUCUUCGAGUUUACAAAGAAGACAUUGAUGAAGAUACUUGGGAAAUCGUGGCAAAAGAUCGAAGCACGUUAGUUAAUCUUAUAAAUGAAUUGUCCGGAGCAAAAGAUAGCACUCUUGAUGAUAUUGAAGAUAGUAAUAGUAUUGAAACUGGUUCAGAUGGUUCAGAUGAAUUAUCCUCGAAUCGAAAUUCAGAAAAACAAUCCCCCGUGUUAACAAUUAAAACUCCCAUUAUUGAAGAUAGCAAAAAAGAAAUUUGUAUUACAGAAUCAACUAAUGUUGAACUAGAAACAAAUGAAUUUGAUCCAGAAAAAAAUCCUCUCGAAUCUAUUAAUUUUAAAAGAAAAUUGAAUGAGGAUGAUGACAAUUCAUCUAAUAAAAGUAAUAUUCCUAUUGUUGGAGAGGAGAUUGAAGAAUCUGUGAUGAUCGUAAAAGGUGAAGGUUCUGGGCAGGAAUGUGAUACUGGUAAUCCUGAUGAAACAAAUACUCAAAAUGACACAUCAAAAAAUGAAGAAGUAAAAAAACCAAAAUUAUGGAGUAUUGAAGCUAUUUGUAGUUCAUCUAAAGAAGUCAAAGAAGAAAUUGUUUCUGUUCCCAAAACAGGAUUUUUUUUUGGUGAUGAUUCUGUACCAUGUUUUAAUAAUGUUUCUAAUGGAGAAAGUUCCAGUAUUGAUGACAACAAAUUAGAAGUUGUCUCAUCAAACAAAAAUAUUGAAGAAUUUAAAAAAAAUCAAAAACCGAUUGAAGAACUAAAUAAAAAUAAAAAAACUGAUGAAGAAUCAAAAAAUCAAAAAACUGAUGAAGAAUCAAUUAAAAGUAAAAUUCUGGAUGAAGUUGAUACCACUACAACACAUAGCAUCAAAUCUUUAAAUUUAGAUGAAUUUACUUGUAAAAACACUUCAAAACAAUCAGUUUUUAAUAUAAAAGUCCACGAAGAAGAAGUUCAGAUCACAGAACGAAAAGCUAAUGAAGUUUUUACAAAAUCUGAAUCCAGUAUACAACAUAAUUCAACAAAUGUUUAUAGUUCAACAUCAUUUGACAGCUAUAGUAAACCUCAAGAGUCUCAAAUAAAUAAGGUAACAGAAAAUGUUGCAUGUAAUAAAGAUAAUCAAACAAAAAUCAGUUGCAUAACUAAUAAAUGUGAUACAGAUCAUAUGGUUGAAUAUAACAAAAUUGAUGUUGAUCAGACUAAUGACCAACCAACAGAUCUUACUAGUUCUGAUAUUCACAUGGGUAAAAUAAUAAAAGAACAAGAAAAUCUGAGUGUGAAAUUAGAAGAAAACAAAAAAUGCAAUAUUGAUCAACAGUUAGAAGAAAAGGAUCAACAAUCAAAACCUAAAACAGUUAGUGAACCUAUUAAAAUUGAUAAACGAACACUUGACUAUGAAAUACAAUUAAAUGAACAAUUGACAAAUAAAAACAAUCAAAGUGAUGAUGGAGAAAUAGUAGAUAACAGUUGUGAAAAAAUCAUAUUAAAUGAAUCAUUUGCAAACACAGUUGGCCAAUAUGCUGACAUUAAUGAUCAACCAAGUAUUGAUGUAGUUGAGCAAAAUGCAUGCACGUUAGAUACAUCAUCAAAUGUAGUUGACCAAAGUAUUACAACAGAUAAUCAAAUAUUGGAUAACAAAUGCACCAUUAUUGAUAAUGAUGAACCAGUAGUUAAUUUAGCUGAAGAUAACAAAUCAGAAAAAUUAUCUGAACAUAUUCAAAAUACUGAUGAUUUGGAAACUAAUGCUACUUAUUCUAAUAAUGACAAAUCAAUAAUAAAUGCAAUUGCAAGUAGUAGUAAAGCGUGUGAUCAAACUUUAACAGACAGUGUUGAUCAAUGUCCCCAAACCCCUAACCAAGUUGUUGGUAAUCAAAAUAUUUAUAAAUCUAAGAAAAAACCACAUAAUAUAAGUAAUAUUAUUGACACUGAUGUGAUUGUUAAUGACAGUGUUCAAGUAAAUGAACAAUCAAUUAAUUCUGGUGAUAUUGAUAUUAAACAGCUAGAACAUUUUCAAAAUGCAAAUGAGAAAAAUGAUCUCCAAGAAAAAAAACCGUCUGUUGCAAAUGAAGAUUGCCCUAAAGUUUUUAAUAAUAAACAUAGUUUAAAUAAAAUAUUACAAAAAUUGGAUAAUAUUAAAGAAAUGACGGAAUGUUCCAACUCUGAAUCUUCUAAUGUUGAUUUAGAAGUAGACAAAAUUGGUAUAAUGAAAUCUGAGGUUGAAAUAAACGUGGAAGAAUCAAAUUUAAAGAACAAGGAUGUUUUGAAGAAUUUGACUGUAAUAAAAGAUGAUAAAUUAAUAGAAAAUGAAAGUAAUAUUUCACUUAUAAAUUCAAGUGUACUAGAAAAUCAAAAGGUCAUUGAUGCGAUCAAUAAAGUAACCAAAAGUGAUAAUGAUUGUGAACCAUCAACAAUUCCUAUGGAUCAAUGUAAGACAGAAGAAAUAAAACAGGACAAUUUAAAAGUGAAUCAUGCCGAAAUGAAACAAAAUAAGGCUAUAAAAGAAAAGCACAAAUUAUUUAAUGUCGUAAAUGAUACUCAUAUUGAUGUUUGUAAUGAGGAAAAAUUGAAUUUGGAAGAAUUUAAAAGUGCUUCGUGUAAAACAGACAACACUGUGUGUGAUUUAUCUGUUAAAGAAAGUACAUUGAAAAUGGAAUCUCCAAUAGAGAUUGAUGAAGAUAGUGCUAUUAGCCUUUUACAUAGUGAUGAAAAUGUUAUCAACAAAUCAAUCAAAAUUCACAAAAAUCUAGAAAACAAAGAAAAACGAACAAAUUCUGAUAAAGAUAUAAUACAAGAAAAUCUCAAAAUAGAAACAAACCCUAAGGAUCUGGACGAGAAAUAUAUAUUAAAACCUUCUGAAGAACAAAUUGCUAUUUCUCCAAUUUGUGAGGAUAUACAUGAAAAUGCCGAUGAAAUUAACGAAGAAACAUUUCAGAAAAGUCCUAAAGAAGAGUUUGAUGACAGCGUAGAUAUAUCCCAUAAUUUUGAAGAAGAUAAUAAGAGUGAAGAAGAGGAAGUUGCUGAAGAAACACCAAAAAAAAAAGGAAGACCUGGGCGAAAAAAGGGAAAAAAAGGAAAGGCUAAAAAAGUUACUACAGUUAAGCAAGAAAGUAAAAGUAGUACAGAAGAUAAAGUAAAACGACCAUACAAACCUCGUCAAAAGAAAGUUGUCACCAUAUCAGAAGAGGUGACUGUGUUUCCAGAGCCAGCUGGCGAUGACAAUGUGCGUAGAUCACGGCGUAUUGCUGAGAUAAAAAUAAAAGAACAAUUUAUUCCUACACCCCAGUAUGAUGACAUUGAUUUACCAUUAAAGAGUCCAAAAAAAAAAGAUAAAGGUGGAAAGAAAGGGUCAACACCCUCCAAAAAGUUUGAAAAUGCUGAAGAAACUGAUGACGAUGACGAAGAAGAUGCUAUUUCUAAAAAGUUCAAAAAAAAGAAGAGGAAAGGAAAAUCUGAUUCCUUGAAAAAAAUCAACAUGAUAAAUCCUUGGAAUGUAGAUUCUGAAUCUAGCUCUUCCGAAAAUAAUAUAGGAUUAUUUGAAGACUACGAUCAUGAAGAGGAGGAGGAAAUUCCUAGACCUGGAAUUGAGCCUAAUAUUUCAGACCAUGAGUUUUCCCCUGAAUCAGAUAUUAACGACGAAGAUGAAGAGUAUUUGCCUGAAAAAAGAGCGCGAACUGCUCAUAAGAAAGAUGAAGGUGAACAGUUGAAAGACGACAUGUGUCAAAAAUGUAACAAAAGCGAUCAACCUGAAUGGAUUUUGCUAUGUGAUACUUGUAAUCAAGGAUGGCAUGCGUCUUGUCUCCGUCCCCCACUUAUGGUGAUUCCUGACGGUGACUGGUACUGUCCACCAUGUCGUCAUCAAGCUCUGUUGAAUGCAUUAAAAGAAACUUUAAAAAAAUAUGAUGGUGAAUCAAAAAAAAGAGAAAAUGAAGAAUUGAGACGUAAACGGUUGGCAUAUGUAGGUAUAAGUCUUCAAAACGUUAUAUCAUCAAAAACGGAAGAAGUGAAAUCUGAAAAACUGCCUGAAGUACAUCAAUCUUCUGAAGAUGAUGAAGACGAAUCAGAAUCUGAAGAAUAUGAUUCAGAACCGUUGUACACUUUAAGAGCUCGGCGACAAGCUAAUGUCAGUUACCGUUUUAACGAUUAUGAUGACAUGAUCAAUGAGGCAAUUUUAGAAGAGACUGGUGUUGAUGAAUCUACGGCAAAAAAAUCGCCUGAAGUGAAAACUGACAAAAAUGAUAAUGAUGAAAAUAAUGAUUCUGAUGACGAUGAAAAUGACAAGGAUAGAGAGGAUUCGCCUAUAGCGCCAGCUCUGUUACAUUUGAGGGGGCGAAAAAAAUCAAAAAAGCUCACAAAUCUAGAUAUUAGUUCAGACGAUGGAUCAGAUGAAGAUUUCAAAGGGCCUUCAGAUGGGGACGACGAUUACGAUGAAGAUUUGAGCGAGUAUAGCGACGAUUCUGUCAAAAGACGGCCACAACCAACACGGCGGUCUGUGCGGAACCGAAAAAACGUGGUCGAUCCUGACUUUAUCAAUGAUGAUUCGAGUGAAGACAGUGAUCAACGUUCCAAAAAAAAGAGAUCGAGACCUUGGUCAGAUUCGUCCAAUAGCGAAGACGAAGAUUUAACGUGGGGAAAAAAGAAAAAGAAACGUACAAACGCGUUCUCCUCUUCGUCAUUAUCGUCCAAACCGGCCAAAGGAACUAAAAGGAAACGCGAAAACGAUGGUGCCCGAAACAUUAAAAAAUCUAAGAUCAAGUUUGGUAUGAAUUCGGAUUCAGAUUCAGACGGCCAACCUAAGAGAAGGACCAGAGGACGCCAAAUAACUUACGCCGAAUCCGACGAUUCCGAAGAAGAAGUCAUAACGAAAAAGCGUAAGGUAGCAGUUGAUGAAGAAGACGAAUACGUGUUGAAUGACGAGGAAUUAGAAGUCGAGAACGAAGACCAUACUUUAGAAGUGGAUGAAGACGAUGCUAUAGCCAGUAACGACGAGAAGGACGAAGACGACGACGUCUACGAAGAAGAAGCAGUUGACGAGGAAGAGGAGGACGAGGACGAAGAGGAAGAGGUCGACACAAAACUGGCAAUAAGCUCAUCAGCACCAGCUGAAAGUCACGUCGCACAUCGGGCUGUCGUGAAACCGCCGCCGCCGCCCGCCGUUGUCCAAUCAGUUAUCAGGGAACCGGUGUCUUCAUCGUCAUCCGAUCCAGUGACUGUCGAACCUCAUACCAGCGCUCACCCUCGACUUUUUCCACAGGCCGUCGUACAGCGAUCGGACAAACAAGUUUUGUCACCGGUUGUCGACCCUGAGCAAGGGUCGCCGGAUAAGCGUAAGCGUUCACAGCACCAGCCGAAAAAGUGUCCAUCGCCCAACCCUGUGGUUGACUACGGGGGAAGUGCCGGCUAUCCGUAUGCGCCGGACGCCACCAAAGUGGCAGUGUCCCCCGUCCCGCCAUUGCCCGCGCACGUCGCGUACAUCAGACCGCCUGCAGUAGUGUCUGCUGCUGCAGGAGUGUUCAAGACAAUGGUGCCACGAACUGCUGGUGAUGUGGGCUUUCCUGUCGCGCCAGUCCCGUACCGGACGGGAGCCAAUAAAAUGACCGGACCGGCCUCCUACCUGCCUCCGCCGCCCCCACCUCAGGUGCAACAAGUGUACCAGGCGCCGACACCGCAGCCGCAGCCUCAGCCGUCGUCAACCAGUUAUUCGCCGUAUCCAAUUGAUUACGCCGUCACUGGAGCUCCACUACCACCUCCACCUCCCACGAUUGCGUUCCGAAACGUGGUCGUAGCACCGCCGUCGCACGAGCACGCUCCUCUGCUGCCCAGUACAACACAGCAGCAGCAAUCGGCCACGGGGGCCGGAGACAGUGAAUUUGGCGGGCUAGUUUCUUAUUUUUCCAGUCAACAGGAAGACGAUUUUGACACAUGAUGAUCUCGUCCAUCUCCGCCACAUUAUUAUUAUUAUUGUAAUUAUUUUUACCCUUUUUUUUUCGUUUGUUCCCUCUAUCCCUUCGACAAUUCAUCGUAUUCUUCUGUUCUAUUAUAGUAUUGAAAACUUGGCUGCUUGUAUGUUGUUAUUAUUAUUAAUAUGGAAUUCUUUUAUUCUUUUACUUUUAUUUUACCAUGACGUAGAAUUUUGUUUUUGAGUACAAAAUGUAGACUCUUGUUCAAUUAAUGUGGUCGUGUGUAGUAAAUAGUAGAGUAAGCUUACAACGCACACGGAGUCAUCAAAAAACUACUACUGACUAUAAUAUCAUCAUUCAUCACAAUCAAAUUUGAUCGCCAUCUGUUGUUAAUCCACAUUGUAAAAUCAUAUUCAAUAAGAAAUGCAACGAAUUUUCUCCAUAAACUGUCAACUAGACUGCCUCUUUCUGUUGUUUUAUAACUUAAAAGGACACCACACCCGCAUGUGUUAUCACUGUCUUAAAAUCGUACAAUAUAGCAAAUUUUACAUUAA